UAUUUAGCAGCAGCGAAUGGAAUUUGGUUCCUUAGCAUAAAGGUGCAUGUCGGCUUUUUAUACGGCGUCUGACUAACACGCGUGCAAAAGCUACUUCUUCAAAAUGUCUCAAAAGACUGCUAAAGAGAUUCGUCAAGCUUAUAUUGAUUUUUUUAAAUCUAAAAAGCAUGAGUAUGUUCACUCCAGCUCAACAAUACCUCACGAUGAUCCCACAUUACUGUUUACUAAUGCUGGUAUGAAUCAGUUCAAACCCAUAUUUUUGGGAACAGUCGAUCCUAACAGUGAUAUGGCUAAAUGGGAAAGAGUUGUCAAUUCACAAAAGUGUAUUCGUGCUGGAGGUAAACACAAUGAUCUUGAUGAUGUUGGUAAAGAUGUGUAUCAUCACACAUUUUUCGAAAUGAUGGGAAACUGGUCAUUUGGAGACUAUUUUAAAACUGAAAUUUGCACUUGGGCUUGGGAAUUCUUAACUGAUACUUUGAAAUUACCACCAAGUCAACUGUAUGUUACAUACUUUGGAGGAGAUGAAAAAUCCAAUUUAAAACCAGAUGAAGAAUGUAAAAAUAUGUGGCUCUCUCUAGGUGUUCCUGAGAGUCACGUUUUACCUGGAAGUAUGAAAGACAACUUUUGGGAAAUGGGUGAAACAGGACCUUGUGGACCCUGCAGCGAGCUUCAUUUUGAUAGAAUUGGUGGUAGGGAAGCUGCUCAUCUUGUAAAUAUGGAUGACCCAGAUGUUUUGGAAAUUUGGAAUUUGGUUUUCAUACAAUUUAAUAGAGAAAAAAAUGGAGAACUUCAUCCACUCCCUAAGAAACACAUAGAUUGUGGUUUGGGAUUAGAACGUCUUGUAUCUGUCAUCCAAAAUAAACGUUCAAACUAUGACACUGAUCUAUUUUUGCCACUUUUUGAUGCUAUUCAAAAAGGUACAAAUGCUACUCCUUAUCAAGGACGUGUUGGAGCUGAUGAUGUUGAUGGUAUUGACAUGGCUUACAGAGUUCUUGCUGAUCAUGCAAGAACUAUUACUAUUGCUUUAGCUGACGGUGGAGUUCCAGAUAAUACUGGAAGAGGAUAUGUACUUAGAAGAAUCUUGAGACGCGCCGUUCGAUAUGCUACCGAAAAAUUGAAUGCUAAACCAGGAUUUUUCGCAACUCUCAUUGAUGUCGUGGUAGAACUUCUUGGAGAUGUAUUUCCGGAAGUUACAAAAGAUCCCCAGUCUAUUAAGGAUAUUGUCAAUGAAGAGGAGGCUCAAUUUCUUAAAACUUUAACCAGAGGCCGCAAUUUAUUAAACAGAACAAUAGCUAAAUUGAACACUGACAAAGUUGUUCCCGGAGAUGUUGCUUGGAGAUUGUAUGAUACUUACGGUUUCCCGGUUGAUCUAACGCAAUUGAUGGCGGAAGAAAAAGGUUUAACGAUCGAUUUCGCAGGCUACGAAGAAGCCAAAAAAUUAGCUAUUCUUGUUUCGCAAAACAAAGCUGGUGGAGCAAGUGAUUUGAUCAAUUUGGACGUCCAUGCUAUAACAGAAUUGCAAAAUUCUGGAAUCAAAACAACAGACGAUUCGCCUAAAUAUAAUUACCAAGUUGUAUCGAAAGACAGUUAUGCAGAAUACAGUUUCGCUCCUUGCAUUGGAACCGUCCUUGCUUUACGUAAAGAUAAACAAUUCGUCGACGAAGUUAAAUCUGGCGACGAAGUUGGUAUCUUGCUGGAUCAAACCAACUUCUAUGCUGAACAAGGUGGUCAAAUUUAUGACGAAGGAUUUUUAGUUAAAGUUGAUGAUGAGAGCACGGAAAUUUGUGUGAAAAAUGUUCAAGUAAAAGGUGGCUACAUUCUACAUAUUGGAACCGUGGGAGAGGGAACCUUGAAAAAAGGCGACAAAUUACAUUUGAACGUUGACUUUUCCCGCAGAAGAUUGAUUAUGAGCAAUCACACCGCUACGCACGUUCUCAAUUGCGCAUUGAGAAAAGUUUUGGGACCAGAGUCUGAUCAAAAAGGUUCUUUGGUUGCCCCGGACAGAUUGAGAUUUGAUUUUACCAAUAAAGGUGCAAUGACAGCCGAUCAAGUUAAAAAAGCCGAGGAGUUCAUCGUCGAGGUGGUGCGCGCGGACAAGCAAGUUUACGCCAAGGAAAGUUCGCUCGCCGUGGCCAAGUCCAUCAACGGUCUCCGCGCCAUGUUCGGCGAGACCUAUCCGGAUCCCGUGCGCGUAGUGUGCGCCGGUGUGCCGAUAGAGGAGCUCGAGAAGAAUCCCAACGGCACGGCGGGCUUGGAGACCAGCGUCGAGUUCUGCGGCGGCACUCAUCUGCACCGCACCUCGCACAUCGGCGACUUCGCCAUCGUCAACGAGGAAGCCAUAGCCAAGGGCAUUCGUAGAAUAGUCGCCCUCACCGGGCCCGAGGCCAACAAAGCUCUGAAAAAGGCCGAACUGUUGCAAAACGAUCUGAACAAGCUCAAGAGCAAAGUGGACGACGCCAAGGAUUCCGCCGCGACCAAGGAGAUCGUCAAGAAGAUCGUCGAGCUCACCGACGAUGUGUCCCACGCUACGAUUUCAUACUGGAAAAAGGAAGCGAUGCGCAGCGAAUUGAAAGCUUUGAAGAAAAAGCUCGACGAUAAAGAGCGCGCUGCUAAAGCAGCAGUGGCAGCUGAAGUUGUUGAAACUGCAACAAAACUGAUCGAAGCCAAGAAAGGAGCUAAGGUUCUCGUUGAAGAACUCAAGGCUUUCAAUAAUACUAAAGCUCUGGACCAAGCAUUGAAAAAAGUAAAAGCCAUCUCGCCGGAGACCAGUGCACUUUUCAUAACCGUUGAUCACGACGAGGGAAAAAUCUUCGCCCUCAGUGCCGUGCCUAAAUCUGCCAUUGGAGAAGGUCUGAAAGCUAACGAAUGGAUUCAAGCGAUAGCACCGAUGAUGAACGGCAGAGGAGGUGGAAAACCGGAAUCCGCCCAAGCCUCUGGCACCAAUGUCUCGUGUCUGAAAGAAGCUUUGAACGCCGCUCAGGUCUACGCGGAUACGGUUCUCUUGAAGCUGCAAGAGCAAAAUACAAGCGUACCAAAUGACCCAAGUUGCGUGAAAAAAAACAUUAAAGGAACUCUUUACGCGGAUAAUGGAAACGUAAAGAGUUAUAUCAUUCAAAUUUUAGCCAGAUACGUGAGGAGAUCCAUCAAAGUUUACAAGCAUACAAAAGAUACUGAAAAAAAGGGAUCGAUUUUCUACGAAGACGAAGACGUCAGUUUAUUUGACGGAACCGCAAUAGCCGUAUAUACCGCGAACUCUGCGUUCAAAGGCAAAACUGAUCUCGAACAAAGUCACGUCUUGCAAUGGUUGAAUAUAGCGAAUAAUCACAUUCUUCCAUCUGUUUAUGGAUGUAUACCAUCGACUAUCGGGGCUAAAUCCGAAAUCUCUAAAGAUGCUGCAAAGGCCGAUCUAUUGAUAUUGAUGAAUAUGUUAAAUACAACUUUACAAGCCUCGAAAUUCUUGAUGAAAAGCAAAAUUAAUUUGGCUGAUAUUUACGUUUUUGGAACAUUGAUUCCAGCUUAUCAAUAUGUCUUCGAUUCCGAAAUAAGAAAGAAGUAUAAGCACGUUGAUAAAUGGUUCGAAACUAUUAUGCAGGAAGAAUAUGUUAAAGCUGUUAUUGGUGAUUUUAAAUACCACGCCGAAAAGUAAAAGUUGACAGAUGACACACAUUGUUAAACGAAUACAU